GGCUCCGGGUCCAGCCGGGCCCGGAGCAGGGCCGGGCUGCCCCUGAUCACUGGUGGAAGGGGCCGAAGAGCGGAGCGGCGGCAGAGCUGGAGCCGGUACUGGGGCAGGAGGAAAGGAGAGCCGAUCCGAUCCAAGCCGGCCGGAUUCAAGCCGGGAGGGACAGCGCAAAGCAGGGCGGGGCUGGUCAGGGCUGGUCAAGGCUGGCGGCCCAGGGCUGGGGGAGGCUCUGGUGCUAUGGGCGCAGGAGAGGAGACCUAGAGCAGGAGGCUCAGCGCGCGGCCCGGGCCAGCCGGGUAUGGGCACCGAGCGCUGCCCUUGGCCUGGCCCUAACCCCAGCUCCAGCCGGGGCGCCUUUGUAACUCCCCUGCCGCCGCACCACAAAGAGCCCGCCAACCCGAGAGCUGGGACCUCCACCCGAGACCCGGGAGAAGGUGGUGAGCUGAGCAUAGUCACAGGCAGAUGGCUUCCUCAGAUCCAUCUCCUCAGCCUGCAGUAGGAGACCAGCCAGCUCAGGACGUCCCAGGGACUUCUCCUGAGUCUGAGGAGGACCACGGAGAGGAUUUUGAGUUUGACGACAGUGAUGAAGAGGAAGAGGACUCCAGGACGGGCCCAGAGAAGGAUGGAGAACCCCCACUUAUCCACUUUGAUGCUGCCCCCAUCACUGAUCCUGCAGCUGCCCAGCCCCCGACAGAGAUCCUGGCGGUGGUGAGCAAUGGAGAAGCCGUGGGAGCCGGGAUUCGGCGUUCCAGCUGGAAGCAGAAGAGCUCUCGCCGAGUUGACCGUUUCACCUUCCCCAUCCUGGAAGAAGAUGUGAUUUAUGAUGACGUGCCCUGCGAGAAUCUGGACUCUCAAAAGCACGGGUCAGAGAGGAGCCUGAUUUAUGAGAAUGUCCAUCGAGAAGGGGGACCACGGGAGUCAGAAGACCUAGGGUGGAGCUCCAGCGAGUUUGAGAGCUACAGCGAAGACUCUGGGGAGGAAGAGGUUAAACCAGAAGUGGAACCCACCAAGCACCGAGUGUCUUUCCAGCCCAAGCUUUCUCCAGAUCUGUCUAGGCUAAAGGAGAGAUACGCCAGGACUAAGAGGGACAUCUUGGCUUUAAGAGUUGGGGGGAGAGACAUGCAGGACCUGAAGCAGAAAUACGAUUGUAAGAUGACCCAGCUCAUGAAGGCUGCCAAGAGUGGGACCAAGGAUGGGCUGGAAAAGACCAGGAUGGCAGUCAUGCGCAAAGUCUCCUUCCUGCACAGGAAAGAAGUCCUAGGUGAUUCAGAGGAGGAGGACAUGGGGUUCCUGGAAGUCACUGUUUCAGAUAUCAAGCACCCAGCUCCGGAACUGGGUCCCAUGCCCGAUGGCCUCAGCCCUCAACAGGUGGUGAGACGUCACAUCUUACGCUCCAUUGUGCAGAGUGAGGGGAGCUAUGUGGAGUCCCUGAAACGGAUCCUUCAGGAUUACAGAAAUCCAUUAAUGGAGAUGGAGCCCAAGGUGCUGAGCCGCAAGUGCCAGGUGGUCUUCUUUCGCCUUAAGGAAAUUCUGCAGUGCCACUCCAUGUUUCAGAUUGCUCUAUCGUCCCGAGUAGCUGAGUGGGAUGCGACGGAGAAAAUUGGAGACCUCUUUGUGGCUUCGUUCUCCAAGUCCAUGGUCUUAGACGUGUACAGUGAUUAUGUCAACAACUUCACCACUGCCAUGUCCAUCAUCAAGAAAGCCUGUCUGACCAAGCCAGCGUUCCUGGAGUUCCUCAAGAGGCGGCAGGUGAGCAGCUCAGAUCGAGUCACCCUCUACGGGCUGAUGGUGAAGCCUAUCCAGCGGUUUCCUCAGUUCAUCCUUCUGCUUCAGGACAUGCUGAAGAACACCUCCAAAGGUCACCCAGACAGGCUGUCCCUCCAAUUGGCCCUCACAGAGCUGGAGACGCUGGCUGAGAAACUGAAUGAGCAGAAGCGGCUGGCUGACCAGCUGGCUGAGAUCCAGCAGCUGACCAAGAGCGUGAGUGACCGGAGCAGCCUCAACAAGCUGCUGACGUCGGGCCAGCGGCAGCUAUUGCUGUGUGAGACCCUGACGGAGACGGUGUAUGGGGACCGUGGGCAGCUUAUCAAGUCCAAGGAGCGCAAGGUUUUCCUGCUCAACGACAUGCUGGUGUGUGCCAACAUCAACUUCAAGCCUGUCAACCACAGGGGACAGCUGGAGAUCAGCAGCCUGGUCCCCCUGGGCCCUAAAUACGUGGUGAAAUGGAACACAGCCCUACCCCAGGUACAGGUGGUAGAAGUGGGCCAGGAAGGUGGCACCUAUGAUAAGGACAAUGUCGUCAUUCAGAAUGCUGGUGCCAAGAAGUCUUCUCCAGCCAGCCAGGCCCACAACAAGGUGUACCUUGGGCCCCCUCGCCUCUUUCAGGAGCUGCAGGAUUUGCAGAAGGACCUGGCUGUGGUUGAGCAGAUCACCCUGCUCAUCAGCACCCUCCAUGGCACCUAUCAGAAUUUGAACAUGACAGUGGCUCAGGACUGGUGCCUUGCCCUGCAGAGGCUGAUGCGAGUGAAAGAAGAGGAAAUCCACUCUGCUAAUAAGUGUCGUCUCCGUCUCCUGCUCCCUGGAAAGCCAGACAAGUCUGGCCGGCCCAUCAGCUUCAUGGUGGUUUUUAUCACUCCCAACCCCCUGAGCAAGAUCUCCUGGGUGAACCGUCUACACUUGGCCAAAAUUGGGCUCCGGGAAGAGAAUCAGCCUGGCUGGAAAAGCCCUGAUGAGGACAAGAAGAGCAAAGCCCCCUUCUGGUGCCCAAUUUUGGCCUGUUGCAUCCCUGCCUUUUCCUCUCGCACCCUCAGCUUUCAGCUCAGGUCCUUGAUCCACAGUCCAGUCCACUCCCCUCUCCUAGGCUUCUCUGCUGUCAGCACAUCCCUCCCUCAGGGCUACCUCUGGGUUGCCGGUGGGCAGGAUGGUGCUGGUGGUCAGGUGGAGAUCUUCUCAUUGAAUCGACCCACGCCUAGACUGGUCAAGUCCUUCCCUGUGGCCUCCCCAGUGCUUUGCAUGGAAUACAUUCCGGAGAAGAAUGAGGAGGAGGAGGGCCGAGAAUCAGGCGGGGCAGCCCCCGACCCCUCAUCUCUGGUACAUCCAGCCGUCUGCCUCGGGCUUCAGGACGGGAGCAUCCUUGUGUAUGGCAGUGUGGACACGGGGACCCAGUGCCUGGUCACCUGCAAGAGUCCGGGUCUGCAGCCCGUCUUGUGCCUCUGCUACAGCCCCCACUACCUCUUUGCUGGCCUGCAGGAUGGGACCGUUGCUGCCUACCCCCAGAGCAGCGGGGGCCUAUGGGAGAUGGAGAGUCCACCAACCUGCUUGACUGUGGGCUCCGGGCCCAUCCGUACCCUGCUGAGCCUGGAGGAUGCUGUGUGGGCCAGUUGUGGGCACCAGGUCAUUGUGCUGGAUGCCACCACUUUGGAGACUCAGCAAAGCUUUGAGGCGCACCAGGAUGAGGCGGCCAGCGUGACACAUAUGGUGAAGGCGGGCAGUGGGGUUUGGAUGGCCUUUUCCUUGGGAGCCUCCAUUCGACUCUUCCACACGGAGACUCUUGAGCAUCUCCAGGAAAUCAACAUUGCCACACGGACCACCUUCCUCAUGCCAGGCCAGAAGCAUGUCUGUGUGACCAGCCUCCUCAUCUGCCAGGGCCAGCUCUGGGUGGGCACUGACCAAGGCAUCAUUGUUUUGCUGCCUGUUCCCCGGCUGGAGGGUAUCCCCAAGAUCACAGGAAAGGGCAUGGUCUCCCUCAAUGGUCACUGUGGGCCAGUGGACUUCCUAGCUGUGGCCACCAGCACCCUGGCUCCAGACAUCCUGAGGAGUGACCAGGAUGAGGCAGAGGAGGAGAAAGGUGAGGGUCCAUCCCACGAGCCUCCGCCUGCACCUGAUAGCCACCUGGCCCGAGAGCUGGUCCAUAAAAAGGGCAUCCUCCUUCAGUACCGCCUGCGCUCCACGGCACACCUGCCAGGACCCCUCCUCUCGGUACGCGACCCCCCAGACCCCAACGGGACAGCCCUGGCCCACAGCGAGGAAGAUGGCUCUAUCUAUGAGAUGGCCGAUGACCCUGAUAUCUGGGUCCGCAGCCGGCCCUGUGCCCGGGAUGCUCACCGGAAGGAGAUCUCCUCAGUCGCCAUCAUCUCUGGAGGGCAGGGCUACCGCAACUUUGGUGGUGGUGGAAGGCCAGCCUUGGGCAGCGAGACAGACAGCAUGCUCAUCUGGCAGGUUCCCUUGAUGAUCUAGCCCACCCUCCCUCCACCAACUUUGCUCACUCCUGCUUCUCUCCCACGGUGCCUUGCACUGCUCUGGGACUGGCAUCAUGCCACCCUGGCCUACCUGGGCAUUGAUUUCCCACAGUGCCCUUUUCUCUAGUUUUCUGUCAGUCUGGGGUCAAACUGGGAAAGGAAGUGACUUCUUCACAUGCCAGCUGCUUUGUAGGGUGAAAUAGGGCUUGAGGAGCUCUCUUGGCAGAAGGGGGAGAAAACUGUUUUUAAAACAAAGCAAAAAAACUUUCAAAGGGUGUUUUUUUUUCUUUUUUGGUUUGGGAUUCUAGGUAUGGGAGGGAAUCUUUGGAGAAAAUGGGUCUUUUAAAAUAAAUAUAUAUAUGUUUUAUAUAUGUGUGUAUAUAUAUAUAUGCAUGUAUAUAUAUAUACAUAUAUGACACCAUAACUGCCAAUCAAAGUACUGUCCUCACGGUCUCAAGGGCAGGAUUAGAUUUUACAAAGCUCAUCUCUCUAAAGAUGCGUGCUUGUGUAAGGAGGUGUGUGCGUGUGCGUGUGCGUGUGUGUGUGUGUGUGUGUGUGUGAGAGAGAGAGAGAGACUGAUGCGUGCCUCUGUAUAAAUAAAUAAGUAUAUAUAGUGUAUAUUAUUUAUGUAUAAAUAAAGUCUGUAUAUAUUGGUGCAUCGGGAGAGACAAUAAUAAAGGCAUAGUUGAUGUCUGUA